AACCCAGUAGGGGGCAGUAAUGCACCUUAGGUUGGCUUGCAAUCCUCCAAUAAACACCAUAGCUAGAAGAAGAAGAAGACGAUGACGAUCCGUGCUAGUGUGAUGCGGUAUUAUCACGUUGUUAGCUUGUGUGACGUGUUUAGCUCAUAAAGUUGCUGGAUAGAAAAAAAAGGAUUUAAUUUCGGUUACAUCAUUUUAUACAGUUGCUAUUGAAGUAUCGAAAUGCCCAAGAAAACGACAGAGGAAGCAGUGUGGAUGGACGAUGAAGUCGCUCCGGCAGCUGAAAAAACAAUGAAAAAGGGCAAGAAAGAUAAAAAGGACAAAAAGAUUUUCUUUAAGGAACUCACCACAGAUAGCAAACCUGAACAGGUUGUUGAAGUGGCUGUGAGAGACACUCAGGGAAAACAGCCUCAGAAAAAGAAGAAAGACCGGCGGAAAGUAAAAGGUGGAGAUGCAGAUUAUGAUGAGGAUGUCAUGCUGAAGCUGGAAAAGCUCUCAGUUCAAGCAAGUGACGAGGAAGAUGAGCCAGCCAUUGCCCCCAGUAAAGGAAACAAGAAGGGUAGAAACGUCUUUGCUGUUCUCAGCCAGAGUGAUGAGGAUGAGGACCCUGUUGUAGACAGAGACCAUAAGCCAGCAAAAAAGUCACCAGAAUAUGAUGAUGAGGGUGAGAAGACAAAGAAGAAACACAAGAAAGGCAAACCUGCUGAGCGAUCAUGCAGUGAGGAUGAGGAUGAUGCGGAGGACAGUGACGGAGGUGAUAUGAUGAUGAGUGCUGAAGAUGUCAUUGCAGAACAAGCCAAACAACAGGAAGAUGACCCAUAUGCUAAUCUUAGCAAAAAGGAAAAGAAGAAGAUGAAGAAACAGAUGGAGUAUGAGCGUCAGGUGGCUAGUGUUCGUUCUCAGAAUGCCUUCGAGGCAGACUUCUCCAUUUCACAGGCUGAGAUGUCCUCCAGACAAGCCAUGCUGGAGAACGCCUCUGAUAUUAAGCUAGAGAGAUUUAGCAUAUCUGCACAUGGCAAGGAGCUUUUCGUCAACGCUGACCUUCUGAUUGUGGCAGGAAGAAGAUAUGGUUUGGUUGGACCAAAUGGAAAAGGAAAGACCACAUUACUGAAACACAUAGCCAACAGAGCUCUCAGUAUUCCCCCCAACAUUGAUGUACUACUGUGUGAACAGGAGGUGGUAGCUGAUGACACACCAGCGGUGCAGGCAGUGCUGAAGGCAGACACCCGUCGCCUGAAGCUUCUUGAGGAGGAGAAACAGCUUCAGGCUCUGUUGGAGAAAGGAGAGGACAGAGUGGCUGAGAGGCUGGAGAAGGUCUAUGAAGAGCUUAGGGCAAUUGGAGCUGCUGCAGCAGAAGCCAAAGCCAGGAGGAUCUUGGCUGGUUUGUCAUUUACCCCUGAAAUGCAGAACAGACCCACCAAGAGAUUCUCUGGAGGGUGGAGAAUGAGAGUCUCCCUCGCCAGAGCUCUGUUUAUGGAACCCACUCUACUGAUGCUGGACGAACCCACCAACCACUUGGACCUGAAUGCUGUCAUCUGGCUUAACAAUUACCUUCAAGGCUGGAAGAAGACUCUUCUCAUAGUUUCUCAUGAUCAGGGAUUCCUUGACGAUGUGUGUACAGAUAUUAUCCACUUAGACAACCAGAAACUCUACUACUACAGAGGGAACUACUUAACCUUCAAGAAGAUGUAUGUGCAAAAGCAGAAAGAACUGCAGAAACAGUAUGACAAGCAGGAGAAGAAACUCAAAGAGCUGAAGGCUGGUGGCAAGUCCACCAAACAGGCUGAGAAGCAGACUAGGGAGGCCCUGACCAGAAAGCAGCAGAAAGGCAAGAAGAAGGAUGGUCAGAAGGAGGAAAGCCAGGAGGCCACUGAGCUGUUGAAGAGGCCUAAAGAAUACACUGUCAAGUUUACCUUCCCCAACCCUCCUCCUCUGUCACCACCCAUUCUGGGAUUACACAGUGUUGACUUUGGCUAUGAGGAUCAGAAGCUUCUCUUCAAAAAUGUGGACUUUGGAAUUGACAUGGAAUCUAGGAUUUGCAUAGUGGGACCCAAUGGUGUUGGGAAGAGCACCCUUCUGCUACUGCUAACUGGGAAAAUAAAUCCUACUAAAGGUGAAAUGAGGAAGAAUCAUCGUCUGAAAGUGGGCUUCUUCAACCAGCAGUAUGCUGAUCAGUUGAACAUGGAGGAGACUGCCACAGAGUACCUGAUGAGGAACUUCAACCUUCCCUACCAGGAUGGCAGGAAGUGCCUGGGACGCUUUGGCCUGGAGAGCCACGCCCACACCAUUCAGAUCUCCAAACUCUCUGGCGGUCAGAAGGCCAGAGUAGUGUUUGCUGAACUGGCCUGUCGUCAGCCUGAUGUACUGAUCUUGGACGAGCCCACCAACAACUUGGACAUUGAAUCAAUUGAUGCCUUAUCAGAAGCCAUCAAUGAAUACAAAGGAGCUGUGAUCAUUGUGAGUCACGACGCCCGGCUUAUUACAGAGACUCAGUGCCAGCUGUGGGUAGUGGAGGACUAUGCGAUCAACCAGAUUGAUGGAGACUUUGAUGAUUAUAAGCGGGAAGUGUUGGAGGCCCUGGGAGAAACCAUGGUCAGCAAGGUCAACGUGUGAUCAUGCAGCCACUGCCAGGACACACCGCUCUGCUACACGGUGUCCCUCCAUCAUACGCUGCCCACACUUCAUCAGGACUGUUGAGCACAUCCCAAAGCAACUCUGAUUUAAAAAAAAAAAAAUUAACACUUCUUCAGGGUGCCUUUCUCUUCUUCUGGUGCAUCGUAACUAACGCAAAUCAUUUUUAUGAAUGUAAGGGGAGGAAGAAACUGAAAAAUGACCUGUGGUGAAAAUGCUAAGCUGAACAAUAAAAUUUGUUUAUCAUGUAA